UCUGACGUGUUGAAAUUCAAGUCGUCAGUCGUAUUAAUACGUGCUAUUAGAUUAUUUUAUCUACAGCUCAGUAACGUGGCUCACUGUGGCGCCGUUAAUUUUCCUUACAUUAUCGAGGGAGUUGUGUUUCAUCCUGCCAAACAAGCCACACCGACCGUUAGAUGCGGCGAUAUGAGGAACAGUACCAGCACCGUUUGGUGCACAAUAUGCUGUGGCAAGAAGAGUCUCAUCUGAUGAUAUCACCUCCGUCUAAGAGGUGUGAAGACAAUACCAACCAUCAGAAUCCGCCCAGCUUUUGUCCAUCUCUGACUGCACAAAUGUGCUGAGAAGAAGACACCUCUCUCCUGAGGAUAGAAUGUGGACCACGAUAGAAGUCUUCUCUCUUGAUAGCAUAAGCGACCGUGAUGCUUUUCACACACCCACGGAUUUCUUUUAAAGCACAUGGCAAACUGUGUUUGGGUGAGCAUUAAAGUGGAUUUCCGUUUCUAACAACAAUUACCAUGGAAGGCCUGGAGCAGCUGGACAUGUUAGGCGAUAUAAGUCCAGCCGUAGAAGCCACUGAGGACUUCGUGCACCAAGUGAGUGCAAUACAAAGCCAAGGUUCAAGCCAUACUGCGAAAGCAAACCUCCAAUUGUUCCAUCAAUCCAAGACGCUCCAGGAUGUGUCCAAUGAUGCCAUGGGAAAGCUGAGUUCCAGUGGUGCCUGGAAUCUUCUUGCUAGUGAGCAACCAGUCACAGGGCCUUUUGGUUUAGCCUGGGCUGACAAUUUAAGUGUGUUAGGUCUGGUGGGCUUGGGCCAAGGCAAGAGGACUCGAGCCCACUCCACUGAUGACCUAGCGGUUCGCACCAAGGAGUGUGUUGGUAACUCUGCUGCGUCCUCCACCUCUCAGUUUAAGAAGGGACAUAACAGAUCCAGAUCAGAUGUCAACUAUGGACAUUCGUUCCACAUUAACAAUGACUGCACCAUGAAGAACUUGAUCCUCAAUCACCAGCAAGCAGCUGAAAAAAGCAGCAGUUGUAGUGUUGUGAAACGGGGUGAGAUGGAACAUCGUGAGGGCGCUCAAGCACACUGGAUUCCAUGCCAUGUGGAGUUGACGGUCUGUGACCUUCGCGUGUACACUUUGGACAGCAGCGCCAACCUCCAACUGGCAUCCUCCUAUUCCCUGUCCCACUGCCUGAGUGUUGUCUCCCCAGCUGACUGUAACCAGGUGGGCCAGACCACCCAGUCUGCAGACCUACGAACCCUCCAGGCCUUGUUCUUCAGCAGCACUUGUCUGCAGCUGAGAACAACCUCUACAUGGGAAGCCCAUGAAUGGCAGCAGCUCAUCUCGGAGAAGGUCCAGGCAGUCAGACCUGUUUGCCAUGACAACGAGCAGCAGCGCCUGGUGUCUGACAGUAUUCAGAAUGCCAGGUUUCCUGCUCCUAUGACGCCAUCUUCAUCUCCAUCACCAUCUGGACUCCAGUCUUCUGAAGCACAAGUAUCUCUUCAGUCUAACUAUGAGAACCUGAAGAGGCCGACAACCCUACAGCUGUUUGCACCUUGCAGUCAGGACUAUAUUAAAUCUGCUGUGCUGCACAAGCUUAUAGAACAGAACAACUGGCAGGCCUUCACAUUUGUCCUGACGAGAACUGCCUUUCAAGCGUACCCCACUGAGGGCCAGGACUCUGUGCCUCGCCCUGCUUUCCAGUAUCAGCUUCCAUCCUGUUUGGCUGUGCAGUCAGAGUCUGAGCCGAAGAUGAAAGCAUCCCUAAAUGAUCAAGGGGACUGCUUCAAGUUAGUGUUUCCCAAUGAGGUGCUUCGACUUAAGGCUGAGGAUCAGCAGAAAGCGAAAGAGUGGGUGGAGGUGCUACAGGAAGUGGUGGCUGCACAGUGGCCCGCACUGGAAGACAAGGGUCACUCUGGAGAAGACCUGAAUAACCUACAAGGCGUGCAGCUGAGAACAAAAUCAUCAAGAGAGGCAAGGCAGCAAGUGACCUCCAGAGUCAAGAGGCAGUCUGUCACCACCAGCUUCCUCAGUAUUCUCACUUGUUUAGCAGUGGAGAAGGGUCUCACUGCCCAGGGCUUCAGGUGCGCAGGCUGCCAGCGUCCAGUGGGACUUUCCAAAGGAAAGGCCAAGGUCUGUUAUUACAGUGGCUGGUACUACUGCCAGAACUGCCAUGACGACAACUCCUUCCUCAUACCUGCUCGCCUGCUGCACAACUGGGACAUCAGCAAGCACAAGGUGUCCAAACAGGCCAAGGAGUUCUUGGAGUUUGUAUACGAGGAGCCCCUCCUAGAUGUCCAGCAGCUGAACCCUUGCCUGUAUGAGCACUGUGAGCCUCUCAGCACGGUGCUUCGUCUCCGGCAGCAGCUCCAGUCCCUGCGUGCCUACCUGUUCAGCUGCCGAGCAAUGGUUGCAGAGGACUUGAGACGGAGAAUCUUUCCUCGAGAAUACCUGCUGCUGCAUAUCCAUCUGUACUCCAUAGCUGACUUGCAGCAGGUGAUCGAUGGAAAACUGGCUCCAUUCCUGUCGAAGGUGAUCAAGUUUGCUAGCUCUCAUGUCUUUAACUGCAGCCUCUGUCGGGAGAAAGGCUUCUUCUGUGAACUUUGCCACAACGGACAAGUCCUGUAUCCCUUCCAGGAGAAUGUAACCAAGAGGUGUGAGGGCUGUGGUGCAGUUUUCCACACCGUGUGCCGGCAGAAAGCCCAGCCGUGUCCCCGCUGUGUCCGCCGGGAACUUCACCACAAGAAUCCAUCGUCUCUCUGGCCCCCGGAUGAUGACAGUCUGUGCUGUUUUCAGCUUCCCUACCAUGACACCUUCGAUGCCUGACAUCCACCGCAGUAUUAGACAGUAGACUCCACACACACAGUGGAGAGAGAGAGAGAGAGAGAGAGCGUCCCCGGGUCUGUAGAUCCAGACAUAUCUGGGGCGCUGCAGGAGACCUGCCGUCACCUCUCAUACUCAUUGUAAUCCUCAUGCUUCUCCUCCUCCUCCACUCACUGGACCCAAGGCACAUUUGUGUAAAUAUUUUUGAGAAAAGUCUCUUGUAAAUGAUUUGCUUCAUGUCACCGUCUGACCCACAAAUGUAGCACCAGAUUGCAGUCGGGCACCGAUUUAAGAGCGAUACCAGAAAUCUUCUCAGGGAGUGCUGUGGCAGUGAUGUCAUGUUUGUGUGCCGAUGAAUAUGUCAAGUUUGCAGCUAACAUGAACAUGUCGGAUGGCUUCUGCCUGCAUGACAUCAUCCCUUCAUCUCACUUGAUGUUCACUUUCUGGAAGCAUAAAACACACCGAGUCAGAAGGUGAUUUUCUUUUGCUGAAUCCCCAAAUGCCAUUAUUUUAACAUCGUGUUAUUUAUGAUAAUUUCAUGUCAUACGGUGCUAAUUUUGUAUUGAUAAAAGCUGCUGGACACACCCAAGUUCAAUAAAAAUGUGAUAAAAGAAAACCUGGGAGGAUGUGUGCUCACCCUUUUGCUCUGUCGGCAUAAAUAGGCUGAUGUUCCUGAUUCACCUGAACCGGAUUUCAUUUAGGUAAAAAACACUCUAAAUCUCCAAGUUCAUGUUCAGUACGGCAACACCUGCAACCUCCCCGAGUUCCUUCUAAAAUGCAGGGUAGGUGAGUAGAUGUGACUGGACUCUCCGCUAUUGGACCGGCCUGUACUAAACGAAAGAUUCCA